ACUACGUCCAGACCGAGCUGCCGCCACCCGGUGUCGAAACGGAGAAGGCGGCGAAGUUGGUAAACAAAUUUUGGAAAUGGCGGGACUGGGAUCCUAAGCUGUUCUCGAGUACCCCGGACGCGCUCAAGUUACUGAAGCAGACCGUUAAAGAUUUAGUCGCGUCAUCGGAUUUCGCGCAAUUGUUCAAGAAUAAAGACGGAACCAAGAAGGAUGGAGAUGUUGACUCAACGACCGUCGAAAUAUCAAAGCGGGAGGAACAGAACAAAGUGUCGUUGACAGCUUCUAAGGGUACUUCUAAGGAGAAGCCGCCUACUGUUGAGCAAAAAGGAAAGACGGCGGUGGUGGAUACUAUGAAGGAACUCAAAGACCUACGUCGAGAAAAACAGGAAGAAACUCUCCGCAGUUUCAUGCAGAAUUUAGACGUCGCUGCCAUGUCUAAAAAGGGCUACACGAUAGAGCUGUGUAGCCCAGAAAGGUACCAACAAGUUGUGUCGUCUUGGAAGCUGCAGGAUCAGGCUUCUACUUCCAUUGCCACUGCCAAAAAUGCUUGCGAGAAGGAAAAAAUUGAUGACAAUGGUUCCAACGCGGGCGACAACACUACUAGUGCUGCAACGAAAACUGCUGCCUCCUCGUCCUCCAGAAGUUCUUGUAAAAAUACUGAUCGACGCACAACAACCGGUACUGCUGGCGGCGCAGACCACGAGAUUGUUGCAGCAGAAGAAACUGGCGGGCGGGGCUCAGGUGGUGUUGGGGAAGUAGAAGGUGUGGAACAGCAAGGCGUCAAGACUUGUUCGUCGACGAAACGAAAACCGGAAAAGGCAUCGCUGAAAGAAAAAGACUUUUACGCCCGGAUGUUUGCGCGCGACAAGCAAAAAAAGGAGGAGAAGCAACAGGAACAGGAACAGCAUCAACAAAC